CAUGAAAGUUCGCCUUAUUCGGCCUUGAUUCACCGUGUCCAGGGCACAGUUUGUGUGAAGAUUGCCUCUAUUAUUGAUGAUCCUAAUGCGAAGCAGAGGCAUUUGAGGAAUGCGAUUGAGAGUGCUAGGAGAGCAGUGUCGCUGUCUCCGUACUCGAUUGAGUUUGCGCAUUUCUAUGCUAAUUUGUUGUAUGAAGCAGCGAAUGACGGGAAGGAGUACGAGGAAGUCGUGCAGGAGUGUGAAAGAGCAAUGGCAAUUGAAAACCCCAUUGAUCCUGCGAAAGAGAGCUUACAGGAGGAGAGUCAACAGAAGAUAUCCCCUGCUGAAGCUCGAAUAUCUCAUAUACGCGGUGAGCUUCAAAAUUUGAUUCAGAAGUCAAAUUUUGCUUCCAUUUCUUCUUGGAUGAAGAAUAUAGGAACUGGGGAGGAGAAAUUCAGGCUAAUUCCAAUUAGGAGGGUCUCUGAGGACCCAAUGGAAUUGAGGUUGGUUCAGGCUAGAAGGCCUAAUGAAAUUAAGAAGGCAACUAAGACACCUGAAGAGAGGAGGAAGGAGAUUGAGGUUCGGGUAGCUGCCGCUAGGCUGUUACAGCAGAAGUCAGGAACUGUCAAAUCACAGAAUGAGGAAUAUACUGGUUUGGACUCAACAGCAGGAUCUGGGCAGAGAGCAGGUGAGAGGAGGAAGAGUGGAAAUGCAAGGAAGACUGCUUCUUCCACGGAGAGAAGGAAUUUGGUGCAAUCAUAUUGGAAUUCCAUGAGUUUGGAUGUGAAGAAAGAAUUGUUUAGUAUUAGAAUUUCAGAUCUUAAGGCACAUUUUAGUUCAUCUAAGGAUCGUUUGGCUAUUGAAGUGCUAUCUGAGUCUCUUGCAUUUGCCAAGACAAAUAAAACUUGGAAGUUCUGGACAUGUUGCCGCUGCAGUGAAAAAUUUGCAAACUCGGAAUCACACAUUCAUCAUGUUGUGCAUGAUCACAUGGGUGCUCUGCUGCCUAAAAUGCAGUCAGUUUUGCCUCAAAGUGUGGAGAAUGAGUGGGCUGAGAUGCUUCUGAACUGCUCUUGGAAACCAUUAGAUGUUAAUGCAGCAGUGGAAAUACUUGAUAAACAAUCAAGAUCUCAGGGCCAUGGUUUUCUUGAUGAGUCCUAUGAAAGAGAUGACGGGGAGGGGUCAAAGGAUGACUUUUUGGAGGCUUUCUGCCAUGAAGACGAGUGGGACACAUCAGCUAGAAAGAAGAAAUUAGGGGAUAGACCCAACAGAGAUAUGGUUGAGAGCAGAAAAAAUGAUAAGAUCUCAGACAUUGACUUUAUGGAUUGUGAUGGAGAUGGUGGUCCGAAGAUUCAUUUACUUCCUGAAGGCUUGCCGCUGUCUGAUGACCCUGAGCGAGUAAAGCUUCUUGAAAGAAUCCAUGCUGUGUUUGAGACUCUUAUUAAAAAUAAAUAUCUUGCUUCAAGUCACCUCAGCAAGGUUAUGCAUUUUGCAGUGGAAGAGCUUCAGGGUCUUGCUUUUGGCUCUAAGCUUCUUAACUACAAUAUUGAUCAGAGUCCUCUGUGCAUAUGCUUUUUGGGUCCAGAAGAACUGAAAAAAAUACUAAAAUACUUGCAAGAACUUUCUCAUUCUUGCGGCUUAGGGAGAUAUCCUGAGGGCUUAGGGAGAUAUCCUGAGAGAACUGGUUUUGACGAAACAAGCAAUGGUUGUCAUGGAUUUGACGAUCUAGAGAAAAUAGUUUUCAGUGAGGAUGACACAUGUUUGUUGUUUGAUAAGCAGUUCCUGCAACACAAUCUUUCUCCCAGCUCGUGUCCUAAUGCAGUUUCUAAUGAUAGACCUGCAGCAAUUUUGUCUGGUAAUCAGUACCAAAAUGGAGUUUUAAUUGAUUCAGAUGCAUUACUGUCCUGGUUAUUCACUGGUCCAUCAAGUGUGGAAGCACUGGCAUCAUGGACACGUGCAAGAGAAGAGAAAGCUCAACAGGGUAUGGAAAUUCUUAGAUUGCUUGAGAAGGAGUAUUACGACCUACAGGGUUUGUGUGAGAGAAAAUCUGAGCACCUAAGUUACGAGGAAGCACUACAGGCAGUAGAAGAUCUUUGCUUAGAAGAGGGUAAAAAAAGAGAACAUGAAGUAGAAUUUGUCCGGCAAAGCUAUGAUUCUGUCUUGCGGAAGCGACGAGAGGAGCUCAUAGAAAGUGACAGCGAAGUUACGAUUAUCAGUAGGUUUGAGUUGGAUGCUAUAUCAAAUGUUCUGAAGGAAGCAGAAUCUCUCAAUGUAAAUCAAUUCGGAUUUGAGGAAACUUACGGUGGUGGAACAUCUCAAUUUUGUGACUUGGAGUCUGGCGAAGAGGAUGACUGGAGACUGAAAGACUAUCUUCAUCAGGUGGACUCUAGCGUGGAAGUUGCAAUACAGAGACAGAAGGAACAUGUUUCCAUUGAGUUGAGCAAAAUUGAUGCUCGAAUCAUGCGGAUGGUUACCGGGAUGCAACAGUUGGAAGUGAAGCUUGAGCCUGCAUCUGCCCAAGAUUACCGGCAGAUUUUAGUGCCUCUAUUGAAGUCAUUUAUGCGGGCACACUUGGAGGACCUGGCUGAGAAGGAUGCAACUGAGAAGUCUGAUGCUGCAAGGGAUGCUUUUCUGGCUGAACUUGCUCGUGAUUCUGAGAAGAGUUCAAGUGGGGGAAAUGAGAAGUCUAAACAUGCCCAUGAAAAGACGAAGGACAAGAAAAAAAACAAAGAGUAUCGAAGAGCAAAGGAUUCAAAGCCUAACAGUGGUAACGAAUCACAUGUGCUUCACCAUGAGAUUGUGGAAGAUGCCUCAUUUGCUGCUCCUGAUGGCGAUGAUCAAGAGAGUGAAAUUCCUCAAACUGGUAAUUCCUUAAAUCUACAGGAGGAGGAGUACAGACGUAUGAUUGAGCUUGAAGCCGAGGAAAGGAAGCUUGAAGAGACUUUAGAGUAUCAAAGAAGAAUUGAGAAUGAGGCUAAGCUGAAGCAUCUGGCCGAGCAACAUAAGAAAUCUGCAAGAACAAUUCAAGAGAAUAUGGGUGCAGCUAUUAAUCUUGAAACUUGCCCUUAUCAAAAAAUGUAUCCUGACACUUACUUGAAUUGUUGUGAUAUUGAUCAGAAAAUCAAUGAGCAAUUGAAGAGUAGCGAGAAGAACAAUGUACUUCCAAACAGUUUAGAAGGUCCUUCAAAGAACUUUCCAGAAGUAAUGGCGCAAAGAGAUGAGAGUCCAGAGGAUGGUGUAUUGAUAUCUGAUAAACGAUCUGCAAGAAAAGGCAGGCGCCAGAAAGGUUCGACUAAAUUUAGUGAGGGGAAGUUUCAAUCUGGUUCUUCUGAAAGGGAAAAUACUGCAGUUAGUGAAUCAAGAGCUCUGGAUUCUUCACAUGAAAAGAAUGGUACCAGAGAUAGUGGAACAAAGACAUUGAGACAGCUACAUGUGGAGGAGGAUGAUGAAGAAAGGUUCCAAGCUGACCUUAAGAGAGCUGUACGCCAAAGUCUUGACGCAUUCCAUGCACAUCAGAAAUUACCCUUGAAGGCAAGUUCAGGGGCACAGAGGAUGUUCUCUGAAACCGGGGAUAUGGGUAAUGAAAUAAGCGUUGGGAAUGUCAAUGAGAUGGAUGUAUAUGGCACUGGGCUAAAGAAUGAAGUUGGAGAAUACAAUUGCUUUCUAAAUGUCAUUAUACAGUCAUUGUGGCAUCUAAGACAAUUUCGAGAUGAAUUUUUGAGAAGAACAUCAUCAGAGCAUGAUCAUGUUGGUGACCCAUGUGUGGUAUGUGCUUUAUACGACAUAUUUACUGCUCUGAGCAUGGCUUCUACUGAGAUGCGAAGAGAGGCUGUUGCUCCUACUACUUUGAGAAUUGCCCUCAGCAACCUUUAUCCCGAUAGUAAUUUCUUCCAGGAGGCUCAAAUGAAUGAUGCUUCUGAAGUACUGGGUGUGAUAUUUGACUGCCUACAUCGGUCAUUUAUAUCAACCUCAGGUCUUUCGGAUACUGAAUCUGCAGAUAGCAGCUGUAUGGGCUCUUGGGAUUGCUCGAGUAGUGCUUGUAUUGUGCAUUCUCUUUUCGGAAUGGAUAUUUUUGAGCGGAUGAACUGCUACAAUUGUGGAUUGGAGUCCAGACAUCUGAAGUACACAUCGUUCUUU